AUGGUCCCCACCUAUCCAGUCAUUGCUGCUGAGGGAGAAAUGAAUGCAUCCAGAGCUCUGAAAGAAGCUUCUAUAGUCAUCACUGAAUCUCCGGCAGCCCUUCAGCUCCGGUACCUUCAAACACUGACCACCAUUGCUGCUGAGAAAAACUCAACCAUUGUCUUCCCUCUGCCCAUAGAUAUGCUGCAAGGCAUCGUGGGGGCAAAACACUGA